AUGACAGUUGUUCCAGUAGAAACUCGUGAGAAAAAAAGUGUUUUUCGUGAAACUGUGAAUGAUUUUUUUGACUCCAGUACCAUUCACGGAGUGAAGUAUAUUGGAACGAGGCCUUGGCAUGAAAAACUUUGGUGGCUCAUCGUCUUCAUCAUAUCACUUUGCAUCUGCAUUUACCAAAUUUCUGCCAUCUACACAAAAUGGAAGCUAACUCCCGUUAUCAUCACAUUCGACGAAACCUUCACUUCAGUCGGAGAAAUUCCUUUUCCCGCAAUCACCAUUUGUGGCAGAUUCAUUUUCAACGACAAUCAAACUCAACUUAAUUAUGACGCUUUUCAAUAUCCAGAAACUGAAAUCACUGAAAUGGACGAAGAUAUUUUGGAUUUAUUUGAAUUCGCAAGUGACGUUUGUUUGGAUAACCUAUAUUCUCCAAUGAAGAAAAAAAUUUUGAAAGAUUUUGAAAACCGAACCUCAAGCUCCAUGCUUAAAACCGUUGAAAAAAUGUUUUCCGUUGAUUCGAGCGAUUUCAUGUCAAAAUGUCGCGGUAUUGAAUCGCCCGGAGGAUGGCGCUGUCAUCGGGCGUUUGUCAAAGUUGUUACUCGUUAUGGGAUUUGCAUGACUUUUAAUAUGCUGCAAAAACGUGAAAUUGUGCGAGAAAAUGUCACGAUUUUUUUGGAAGAAGGCAAAAGUGAAACGCAUGGCUGGAAUCCCGAAACUGUGAGCCGAGAAUUUGUAGCUAAGUUCAAAAGUUUUUAUUCGGGGCAAUGUUUGAGCGACACUCGAGUUUUUGUGCAUCAUCCACACGACUUUCCAUGGAAUGCGAAGACUAGUAUGACUCUUUUUAAUGUUGUUCAACCAAUUAUUGUUACGCCGAAAAUAAUGAAGACUUCGCUAGAUAUGCGAGAUUCUAUUUCUCCAGACAAGAGAAAUUGCUUCUUUGAUGGAGAACGAAACUUGACAUUCUUCAAAAUUUAUUCAAAAUCGAAUUGUGAACUUGAGUGCCUGACCAACAUCACUCUGGAUCAAUGCAAAUGUGUUCAAUUUUGGAUGCCUCGUCACCCUGACACCCCAAUUUGUGGAAUUUCUCAGCACAAAUGUUCGAAUUUUCUCGCUCUUCGUUACUUAAACAUCAAUAUCGCGACAACUGCGAGGGAAAUUCUUGAAAAAUAUGACAUUCCGUACAAAUGUAACUGCCUUGAACGAUGCAACAGUGUCACGUAUUCCGCCAUUAAGCUCCAGAGCCAUGGUUCAUUCAAUGACGACGACGAAGAACAAGAUAAAAAAAUUCCGCUUAUUUAUACGGGAAAUGGAAGUGUUAUUUUCGAAUCUUCCAGAGCAAGCAAUCAGACACUUUUUCCAUAUAGCGUGGUACCGCCAAUAUUUUCGGCAUUUGUUGAUGAAAAUUUCAUGAACGUUUACAACACCUCAUUCAAAAUCCAAUUUGAAGAAUCACAGUUUUUGUCCUAUAAACGAAUCGUUCCGUAUGAAGUUCCAGAUUUUAUUGCAAAUUGCGGCGGAUUGUUGGGACUUUUCAUGGGCAUCUCAAUUCUGAGUCUCGUGGAAAUUAUCUAUUUUUGCACUUUUCGACUUAUCGAAGCUAUCGUAAUUGCCAUAAAAGGUAGAAGUCAGUGA